AUGCGCGAUGCCCGACGCGGGUCAGGACGAAAGGGUGCGUCUCGAGCCUCUCGUCGUAGCGAUCCCUAUGCACGCGACACCCGUCCUCGACCCUCGGCCGCAACUCCACGCGACACCCACGAAGCAGCUCCUGCCCCAACGACCGCGCCUCAAGCCGGCAUGUCGUAUCCUCCACCCGAGCUUUCCAUCCGAGGUUCCAGUGGUCCCACCUGGAUCAUCGUCUCCAACCUCGUAGUGGGUACAUCCACCGAAGACGUACGAUUAACAUUCUCCUCAUUCGGCCGCGUCGAGGAGGUGAAACAACGGCCUGCGCCCUCGGCGAACCAUCCGACCGUCUCGUUCGAGGUGGCGUUUGACCAGCGUCAAGAUGCCGAGACUGCGGUGGAAAAGUUCCACGGCGCUUUGGCGGAUGGGAGGAUUCUGCAGGUUUCGAUCAAGAAGCCCGAGGUGGCACGCGAUGCUGUGGCGCAGUUUCAACGUGCUACGGCGCAGGCGGUUGCGCAACGUCCUCGUGAAAAGGCGCCCAACCACAUUGCUGCUCCUGCACCUUUGCCGUACACGCCCGCACCGGCGGCGGCGGUAGCUGCAGCCAUCCCGACCGCUCCAGCUAGCAUGCGAUCGCGUGCCAAAGCGGCCGAACUCCUCGAACCCCGCGCGAAAAAAUCCAACCAACCCACCACCCCUGCGGCGGGUACAAAGACUCCAGUUCCAGCUAAGAAGCCAGAGGUGAAGGCGAGGCCGCUGGCUGAGCGCAUUCCGGAGCCGCUGGCCAAUCGACUGCUCACGCCGGCUCAGGCGCAGAAGCUGCGUGCCGAAGAAGCAAAGAAGAAGGCGCGCGACGAAGCCAAGGCUCGCGCCAUCGCGGCUACGGGCAAGAACACCGUGCUCGGAAAGAGGCUGGGUGGAUUGCCGCUCGCGCAGAGACUCGUCCAGCAGGCUGGGACUCCCAAGAGCGACCAAACCGCCAUCAGGGCCGCUGCCGACAAGAAGAAGAGAAAGAAGGAGGCCGCGCGCGCACGAAAGACCGGCAAGAAUCAGUCCACCGGCAUGGAGUUGGACUAG